UAUGAGAGUCUGAGACAUAUUUAUUACCCUCUCACCAACAAGAAUCAACUAACCCCACCUCUCUAGUCUAGAGUCUCUUCCUCCAUAAACCUUCUUCUAAUUCUCCCCCCAAACAUAACCUAAUAAAACCUCUCCCUUUUUCUUCUCCCCCAACUCAAUUUUCUUUUCUCCUUAAACCAAACACGCCCUAACCUUAACCAUAACCAUAACCAUAACCAUGGCUAUGGACUUCAUCACUGGUCCCACCACCACCGCCACCGCCACCACCACCGCUCCCAGAACACCAGACUCCGACACCGACACUCCUCCGUAUCCUCCGCCGACAAAACGUCCCCACCACCACCACCACAACAACAACAACGACAACCAACACGUGUCGUACAAAGAGUGCUUGAAGAACCACGCGGCUAGCAUUGGAGGACACGCGCUAGACGGAUGCUGUGAGUUCAUGCCUGGACCCACAGCAAACCCACUGGACCCCACUUCACUCACGUGCGCCGCAUGUGGUUGCCACCGUAACUUCCACCGUCGUGACCCAGAUGACCCCACACCACUCCACCAUCUCAUCCCUUUAACUUCCGCGCGUAGACCCCACUCUCCUCCUUCCGCGUCACAGCUACUUCUCUCUUUAAGCGGACACACUCAAAGCCCUUCUGCACCGUCAGAUCAUGAAGUCAUCAUGCACAACAAUCCAACGGCUGGUGUUCCUCCAUGUGGUGGUGGUAGUGCUGGUGGUGGUAGUGCUGGUGGUGGUGGUGGUAGUGCUGGUGGUGGAGGAGUUGUUGUAGGGUACUACCACCAUCAUCAUCAACACAACAAUGGAGGAAGUGGAGGUGGAGGUGGAGGAGGAGGGCAAAAUGGGAAUUUCCAGAGUAAGAAAAGGUAUAGAACAAAAUUCAGCCAAGAACAAAAGGAGAAAAUGUAUGAAUUCUCUGAGAAAAUUGGGUGGAAAUUGAAGAAAGGUGAAGAAAGAUUAGUUGAAGAUUUCUGUAAACAAAUUUGUGUUGAUAGAACUGUCUUCAAAGUUUGGAUGCACAACAACAAACAUUCUUCCACCACUUCUUCUGCUGCUACUCCACCUUCUUCUGCUUCUAAGAGAGACAAAUUUGGUAUUAUCAUCAACAAUAAUUCUGCUAAUAAUAACACUAACACUAAUAAUACUCCUAAUACUAAUACUAAUAAUAAUAAUAAUAAUAAUAAUAAUGUUAGUAGUAGUAGUAGUUUAAAUUGUGGAGGAGUACUUGCUACUGCUCUUGACUUUAAUUUUGCUAAUGGUGCUGCCCAGGAAGCAAAAGCGCAAUGAUUAUUGUUACUCUCUUUCGUUCUAUCUAAUUUUAAUUUUAUUUCUAUUA